CAAUCACACUUGGCUGCCGUAGAUGCCUUGGUAUUCCGAGCCGGCGAGUCUUGGCAGGAGGGGCCGAUGGGGCUGGGGGGCCUUGGGCCGAUGUCAUCCACUCGUUCUCUUGCGAACCUUGUGCCUGCUCAGCUGCUCAGCCUUGCGGGGCGAAAGAGUCACCUACACCCGCCACCUGACCCGCAUCCUCUCAUGUCUUCUUCUUCUUCUUCCACACCAACAACAUCACCCCCGACCCCCCGCCAGCUAUGCCUGCGUACGACAGCGACGCCUCAACGCUCGUGGGCGGACAGCACACUCACAGACCACGCCACCGGCCCGAAACCCGCUCGCGCUCUCCCACCCGCAACGACUCCGCCCAACCCGACGCAAACCGCGCACAUCCCAGCUACUUCUCCCCCGGUUUCGAUGAGCACACGGCAAAGUACGUCAAGAUAGGCGGGGUGGUCCUCGUGGCCGGGAUCGUCGGAGUUCUGCUGCACAAAUGGCAGAAGGAUCGGGAAGAGCGGCGGGAGCGAGAAUAUCGGCAUCAGAGAGGAAGAGAGUUUGAGAAGGCGAAACGGGCGAGGAGGACGGAGGAGGAGAGGCGGGAGAGGGAAGAGGAGGAGUUGGCGGGCGGCACGUCGGCGCCUGCUGCUGUACGGAGGAUUGAAUACCGCGCUGUCGAUCGCACACAGUCGAACUCGAACUCUAGCUCGUCCGGAUCACGGCGACGAGCUGAACCAGCGUCAGGGAGAGGGGAGAGAAGAGGGAGGAGCUCAGGAUACGAUGCACGAUAUGAUGACGGGCGACGGUCAAGAUCAAGGGCUUAUUGAGAAACGAAGUCUCUUGAACGAAUCACGCAGCGUUUGGCACUGGAGUACGGGCCUAUCACGAAUGACGAUGUCACGUCGGAAUGAAUGCAACGUAUUAUAGCCGGACAGUAACUAAAUAGAUUCUCCACGCCGCACGGCUAGAUAAAGGUGAUGCUACGGGCGGUGACGGAGAAUAGGCAUCUUUAAGCUUCGACUUAGGCCACACGGUGUGGGUCUUCCGUCCGACCCAUCAAUCGUAUUGCGACUUCACCUUUCUCUCACCAUCUUUCA